UGAGCGGUAAUUGAGUUUGCCAGUAGCGCAGGAUCAGCAAGUCUCGCCUCCCACUCGCCUGCGCGCGCGCACCGCCUCAUUCUAACAUCGAGCUCGAGUUGCACGGUUGCGCAGAAGCUAUGUAAACCAAUAGCAGACAAAGCCAGUGAAUAAGUGCUUGUGACUGUGUAAAUAAUUCAGUGAUAUCAUUAAUACUUUCCUAAUUCAGAUGCCAGUGUGUUAUAAGACAUCACACGGGACAGCUACAAGAUGAACGCCAACCGCCUGUCGCGAGGUGGUUCUCUCUUCGGAAGUGAUCCUGAAGUGCAAAUAAGAACAGCGCUUCGAAAUAAUGACUUCGCAACGUUUAAGAAGCUUGUUAGCUACGGAGCUGUGGAUCUUGAACAUGUUUAUCAAUAUCCUGACUAUAAAAACUGUCUUGAAUUGGCCAUAUCAGAACCUAAUAGAGUUGAAUUUGUGAAACUAUUGUUACAACAUGAAGUUCAAGUUAACAAAAUAAAUGAAACACACGGAGCAGCUCCAAUACAUUUUGCUGUAGAAAACGGUAAUGUUGAAGCGUUAUCAAUACUUUUAGAAGAUGAUAGAAUUGAUGUGAACAUCAAAUCAAAGGGAAAUACUGCAUUGCUUAUGGCAAUAAAAAAAAUACAAGAUUUAGAUGACGACCGUGAACGUGAGUUAGAUUUGUAUGAAGAAAUGAUUGAAAAAUUACUUAAAGCUGGUUGCAAUGCUAAUGCUCCCGACUUAAGAGGCGUUACACCUGUUUAUUCGGCCGCCAAACAAGGCCUUGAGAGAGUUGUUACAUAUAUUUUAGAUUAUUCUAAAGACACAAUUGACUUGGAUACUUAUAAAGAUAUUAGAGGCCGAACAGCCAGGUAUUAUUUGCAAGAAGCUUUUCCUCAUCUUCUACCAAAAUUUAAUUCUAUGUCCGAAAGUGAAGAUGUUAUAGAUGUGGAUAAAUUAUUCUAUUAUUUAAAUAGACACGAAGAGGAUAACUUUAUCAGAGAUUUCUCAAAACUUGUUAAAAAGGACGAACAUCAAUCUAUGUUAGCUGCUAAUAACGGUUCGAAUACAAUGUUACAAUUAGCAGUCGAUAAAGGCUUUGAAAAGGUUGUAUUAUUAUUACUUAAUUCUGGAGCAGAUCCAAAUGACACGUGCGCAAGCAAUACUAAUCGACCGGUAGCUUUAGCUUGUCGCAAUGGAUAUUCUAAAAUACUCAAAAUGUUUGUCGACAAUGAGUCUACUAAGUUUGAUACUGACAGUAUCAAUCAAGACAGUAUCAAACAAAGUAGACUCGAUAGCGAAUCUCUUAUACAAAUAACAGUAAAAGGUAUGCGAUCAGCUUUAAAUAGUCCAAAAGUUGAUUUCAACGGCUGUCUACAUUUAUUAUUAACGCAUCCUAAAAUCAACAUAAAUAUCAAUCACCAAGAUAUAAAAGAUAAUACAGCUUUACAUUAUGCUGCAAGGAAUGGGGACAGCGAUACUGUGUUAGAGUUACUUAGAAAGGGAGCUUGUGUCGGAUUACAUAAUAAGUUCAAUGAGCCACCUUUAGCUGAUAUAAAUGCUAAAACUCUUGAGACAUACUUAGACGAAUGUAUUACGACAAACAGCCAACGACCCAGCGAUGAUGAUUACGAGAUCCAUAUUAAAUACAGUUUCCUUGUAUAUCCCAAUAACUCUUUAGAGAACGAGGUAUGUAAAGUACCUUUAAUGGAUAACUCAAACAAUAACAAUAACACACCGAAAAAAUAUGACGCUAUAUUAGCUCCUGAAACAGAAGCACUAUUGUACAUGACCAGAAAUGAGGAUUUACGUCCACUUCUUAAGCAUCCAGUAAUUACUAGUUUUCUAUAUUUAAAAUGGCAACGAAUAAGCAGUCUGUUUUAUGCAAACAUAACGUUUUACUCACUUUUGUGGUUAUGUUUAGUUCUAUAUAUUAUUUUAGGAUACCGAACCGAAAAACAACAGUUUAAUUCAUAUGAAGCUUUAAACGUAGUGACCCAUAUCGGAGCUAUUAUUGGCUUAAUUCUUUUGAUUAUCAGAGAAUUAUUUCAAUUUUUGGUUUCUCCUACAAGAUAUUUACAAAGUAUUGAAAAUUGGAUGGAAAUUGCAUUAAUUUUCGUAACAGCUUGGAUUGUUUGUUAUGAUUCAGCGCAAGAAUCCACAAAACAACAGUUGUCUGCAGUUGCUAUUCUAUUAUCGUCAGCCGAGCUCGUUUUGCUCAUUGGCCAAUUCCCAACUUUAUCAACAAAUAUUGUAAUGUUACGGACUGUUUCGUGGAAUUUCUUCAAGUUUUUGCUUUGGUAUUGCAUUCUGAUUAUAGCAUUCGCUCUGAGUUUUUACACAUUGUUUCGAAAAGAUCAAGAAGACGAGGAACAAAUACCACCGAAUCCUAACAAAAAUGGCGAAGAAGAAGAAGAGGAAGACUUCUUUGAAGACCCUGGACGCUCGCUAUUCAAAACUAUUGUUAUGUUGACAGGAGAAUUCGACGCUGGAUCUAUUAAAUUUAGUACAUUCCCAGUGACAAGUCACGUCAUUUUUAUUGUAUUUGUUUUUAUGAUACCUAUAGUGCUAUUCAAUUUGCUAAAUGGUUUAGCCGUUAGUGAUACUCAAGAGAUAAGAGCGAACGCUGAGUUGGUAGGACAUGUAUCUCGAGUAAGACUCAUAUCUUAUUUCGAAAGUGUUCUGAUUGGUAAAAUAUACACAAAACCUAUGAAAUGCUGGUCAUGGCUACCAUUAUAUUUACAAGAUCUGAAUAUUAUUAAGCCACAAAUGCUCUGUAUUAAGCCUUUUGCGAGAAGAAUAAGUUUAUUUCCUUUCUUUUUGCCGAAAUAUCGAAUCAUUGUAAAACCUAACCAAGAUAAUAGAAUAGAAAUUCCUCACGCGGAACCACUUGGUAAAUACGGAGAUGAUUAUGAAGACAUCGAAAGCGGAAAAUGUUGUUUUGAACGAUGCCAGGCUUAUAGAUUGGACAGAAAAAUUGUUAAAAAAGCAAAGGUUGUUAUAAAUAAGAAGACCUAUGUAUCUGAUUUCGAUGACAUAAAGAACAAGCUUGCUCAAUAUGAAACAAAAAUUGUAAGCCUUGAAAAUACGUUAAAAAAGGUUUUACUAAAGUUAGAAUAAACUUCAUUUAUUCCAUUAUUUUACUUUAAAUGUACUAAUUUAAGUUUGUUCUUCUCGAAGAUUAUUAUUUAUGUAAAUCUUAGUUAUUUUUUGCUUUAUAUUUAAGA